AUGGACGGACGAUCCAACAACUUCCGGCGACACCAGCCACCUUUAACCUCACGGCCCCAAGACCAAGGCCGAUUUAACCACCAAGAUGCUCGCCCCGAGAGCGACCAGCAUAACCGGCAGCAUGCUCGACCAGCAAGUGCCUCGCAUAACCAAGAAUUUGCUCAACCCACGAGCAGCUACCAUAACCGCUAUGACGACGAGUCGGCGCGUAACCAGGGAGAGGCUCUCCCGCGGAUUGCAACUUGGGAGGAAUACCAGUCUGGGAGGGACCAACUCGAGGAAUUGGAGGCUCGGGCCGCGAGGUCCAAGAACGACCCUGUCCAGUCUAGACACUGGAUAACACAGUUUAUGUUUGUUGCCUACGAUUUUGUCUUUGUUUCAUCAUUAUCAUACUGA